AUGCGGCUUCGAUCCUUUCUCUUACGGUACUACCCACCAGGUAUUACCUUGGAAUACGAAACCUCGUCUGGUGAAAUUGGUCAAAAGGUGAUCGACUUACUGACACUUAGCCCAUCAACAAAUCUUACACUUUUGGCAAAUGAUCUCAUCAAUUCUGAGCCACUCUUAACGGAGAAGUAUCGCACGUCUAUUAUGCAGUAUCUGAGACGUUUAGUUGACAAGAUUAAGGAAGGCUAUGAGAAGCAGACGUUUUACCUUUUCAAGAGCAUGCGUGCCCAUCUGCUUCCUCUCACAAAUUGUGCCUUUAACAAGGGUGGUGAUAAAUUCGUGACCGGCAGCUAUGACCGCGUUUGCAAAGUGUGGGAUACCACGACUGGGGAUCAGUUGUUAUCCUUGGAGGGUCACCGCAAUGUAGUAUAUUCUGUGGCUUUUAAUAACCCCUAUGGAAACCGUGUUGUGACCGGUAGCUUCGACAAGACGUGCAAGAUGUGGGAUGCUACCACUGGGCAGUGUUUCUACACCCUUCCUGGGCACUUGACCGAAGUGGUCUGUCUCUCAUUCAAUCCGCAAAGCACUAUGUUAGUAACGGGGUCCAUGGACAGCACCGCCAAGGUAUGGGAUGUUGAGCGAGGGGAUGAGCUAUUUUCUUUCGUUGGGCAUACAGCUGAAAUAGUCUCUGUGAAGUUCAACACUUCCGGCAACCUUGUCAUGACUGGAUCUUUUGAUACAACAGCAAUCUUAUGGGACGUACGCACAGGAAAUAUAGUGAGGUCGCUGAAGGGCCACCGGGGUGAGAUUUCCUCCACACAGUUCAACUUUUUAUCUAAUAUGGCGGUUACGGGAAGUAUUGAUCGUACCUGCAAGCUAUGGGAUAUAGGAACCGGGAUUUGCAUGGAGACCUUUCGUGGGCACACAGACGAGGUUCUUGACGUAGUUUUUAAUGUCACGGGUAGUCAGGUUGUCAGUGCGAGCGCAGAUUCCACAGCGCGGGCAUAUGACACUGCCACCUUCAACUGCAUUUCCAGCUUUAUCGGACACGAUGGUGAAAUAUCUAUGGUUCAAUUUAACCCUCAGGGAAAUAAAAUUAUUACGGCAUCGAGUGACAAAACGUGCCGUAUAUGGGAUCUAGAUUCUGGGCAGACAAUGCAAACGUUAAUCGGACACACAGACGAGAUAUUUUCAUGUGCAUUCAACUACCAAGGUAACAUGAUUCUAACGGGUUCAAAGGAUAACACAUGCCGCAUAUGGAAGUGUUCAUAA